GGAUUUGCACAAGUACUUGGCAGCAGCAAAGGUGCUUGCUUGUAAGACCUCCGGUAUGGUGAGCAACGAGGUAGCUGAAGGCAUGAAGAUUGUGGCCUCCAUUUCCAGCACUACCUCAGCCAGAGUGAACCUCAUGUUUCGGUCCAACAACCGCUUGAAAGCACUUUGGACUGAAGUGCUCACCAUCGGCAAGCAGGCCUUGGAUCAGAACAAUGCUUUGAAGGAUGCAGAGACAGUUACUUCAGAGCUGUCCAAGCUGAAGGAUUUGCUUCUCAAAUGGGAUGACCAGAAUGACUUCAAGACCUUGGAUGCCUUGGAGGAGGCCAUUCGAUCUUGUUCCAAAGCCACUGCACUUCGGACGGUUUGCCACGCAUCAAAUGACUCUGCUGUCACAGAGGCAGGGCAGAAGCUGGACCAAAGUCUGCAGGCAGUGCAGGGUGUGAUUUCAACAGCUUUCCAAGCGUCAGUGUGCCUGAAAGACUUUCUGGAGACUUUGUGGACCGACAACCUGGCAGUGCCAGAGCAACAGUUGAGCAUUGGCGGCAAGGACAUCAACGUCAGGACUUUCCUGACAUACUUGAGGGUUGAAGGCAUGGUUUCAUUUGACAUUCUGCGGGAGAAGCAUGGCUUUUUGGUGCGGGAUCUGGCACAAUUGCUGCUUGACUUUCACCUGGGCUGUCCUGAUGAACACUGCCUGACAUUGAAGGAUUGCGGAAAUGCCUUCACCAACCUUCAGAAGGUGACUGAAGGUGCCAAGAAGUUCGAAGAUGAGAUCAAUUGGAUUCAAUCGUUCACCAGCUGCGAGGAACGCUUCAGUGCAAAGCUCAGGACAGCCACCCCUGAGUGGAUCAAAGCAGUGCUCACUGAGGAAGGCCCUGCAGCUGCAGCUGAGUAUGCCCAAGGCUGCAUCUACUCGGUUCCAUACGUGAAGCCGUAUUGUACUGUGUUGAUCAACCACAACUUCUUGACAGAGAUGGCACUUCCAGAGAAUCAUGGAGAUUGGGCUGACCUGGGGAAGCGAAUCAAGGACUAUGUCACAUUGAAGACCAUGGACAUCGAUGUUGUCAAGCUACUCUUUCCAGAGCAAGCAGAGAAGGUUCCGCUUUUUCUGCAAAAGAUCCAGGAGAAUGUUGUCAACUACAAGUUGGCUUCUCUCAAGAAGGAGCUCUUGGAUGUUGAGAAGAAGACGGAGAAAUACAGGCCACUGUUCAAUGCUGUGGAGAUUUGGGAGCUGGACCCUAUUAUGUGGAUGGUCCAGGACACUAGCGGAAAAGUCGAUGCGGACUGCCACCAGUUUUCUGACUUCCAGAAGGGCACGAUUCCACCCCAGAUGUUCUUCCAAACCGCCUUGGCUUUUAAAACUCCAGCAUUGAGUGACGAUGCGAUCUUCAUGGAGAUCAAACAGUUCCAGACGAAGUUGGAGGCUCUGGGUUGAUAGUUUGUAGUUUUGUUUUCUCAGCCUACAGCUACCCUACCACUCAAAAAGAACACCACUCUGUUCAAUCACGACACUCCACCUUACUACAGCCCCCGUUACUCUAUGUUACUCUUCAAUACUCUUCAUGGGUUUAUCAGCCUGAAUUUUUUCAGGAGCUUCGAGGCAUCACUGCGAACAUUGUUGCCUACCUAUCCGUCGUGCAGAUGCUUAUCAGGGACAAGGAUGAUGCCCCAGAGCAGCAGUUGUUGACUGCCCGCAAGGUUGCCAGCUACAUGGCCAAGACUUUGGGCAAAAGUCCCAAGGAUCUUCCCGGUGCAUUGCAAAUGCAUUUUGACAAUUUUGGGAGGAGGCUAGGUCAAUUUUUUAGAAUUGUUUUCCAGGUUAGUUACCUCUUCUGACCCCCUCAGUUUUCCCUCA